AUGGAUUCUAUUAAUGAAGAAAAAUCAUCAUUCAUAACAGACAAGGGGACUUACUGUUACAAAGUUAUGUCGUUCGGUCUCAAUAAUGCUGGGGCCACAUAUCAAAGGCUAGUGACCAAAAUGUUUCAUUAUUAUCUAGGGAAAACCAUGGAUGUUUAUAUAGAUGAUAUGCUGGUCAAAUCACAACAUGUAGGGGCUCAUAUUCAAUACUUGUUUGAUACAUUUCAAAUUCUUCGCAAAUUUAACAUGAAAUUAAAUCCUGAGAAAUGCGCGUUUGGAGUAUCAUCAGAUUUUAGUCAAGGGAUACAAUUGGAUGCAGAAAAAGAAUUGCAGGUAUUUAACGGGUCUAAUCCAGGUACUUGGACCUUAUUUACUGACGGUUCAUCAAAUGUAAAAGGUGCAGGUCUAGGCAUUGUUUUGGUACCACCUACGGGAGAAACCAUAAGACAAGGCGUAAAAUGUCAUCCUAUUACUAAUAAUGAGGCAGAAUAUGAAGCUGUGAUUGCAGGUUUAGAAUUAUCACGAGAGCUCGGAAUAGAGAAAGUCUAUGGAAUACUUCUUGAGGAUAAGAAAAAGGCUCAGGAACUUUGCCAAAAGGCAGCUCGUUACUGUUUAAAUCAAGGCAAUUUAUAUCGAAAGAUGUUCGGUGGCCCUUUAGCAAGAUGUCUCGGACCUUCUCAAACUGAAUAUGUGAUGAAAGAAAUACAGAAGAGACAUUGUAGAAAUCACGCUGGAGGAAUAUCUUUGGUAAAAACCAUAAUUAGAGCCGGCUAUUACUGGCCAAAAAUGAAAGAAGAAGCAAAAAAUUUUGUGGCUAAGUGUGACAAGUGCCAAAGAUAUGGCAACAACAUGCAUCGACCAGCUGAAUUAUUACAUCCAGUUGUGGCACCAUGGCCUUUUAUGAAGUUGGGGAUGGAUAUCAUAGGACCAUUACCACAAGCUAAAGGUGCACAAAUCACAGAAUUCUUUCAAAGUUGGCAAAUUAAAAGGAUUACCUUGAUAUCUUAUCAUCUGGUGGGCAAUGGACAAGUCGAAUCGACAAAUAAAUUUAUUAUCAAAAACUUGAAGAAAAGAUUAGAAGAAUCAAAGGGUAAUUGGCCAGGAGUUUUGUGGGCUUACCGAAUAACAACAAAAAUAAGUACGGGAGAAAUACCGUUUUCACUUGUAUACGGAGUUGAAGCCUUAAUUCCAGUCGAUAUAGGGGAACCAAGCACAAGAAUUAUUCAAGCUAAUGAGGAGUUGAAUGAAAGAGAGAUGCAGGACUAUGUACUCAAGAAAGUUUUCCAAUCCACGAGGGCAAUCAAUGCAGGAAAAUUAAGUCCAAACUGGGAAGGGCCUUACAAGAUUCGUGGAAUUGCACGAAAAGGUGCUUAUGAGCUUGAAACCCUAGCGGCAAGAUCUUACCUUCGAAUUGGAAUGCUGUUCAUCUAA